AUGACUGUUUUGAGGCUACAAAAUGAGAGAAAUCCAACAAUCGCCAAAGACACAGCAAUAACCGCUUAUCUUAUCGCUCCUGAAAACACAACCGGCCGUCACCACUGCUCGAACAAGAAAUGUUUGCAGACGUACAACCUAGACGCCCAGGUGGGAGAAAGCUCAGCUUGUGCGACGGCUUUACUCUGCGGCGUCAAAGCCAACUUCGAGACAGUGGGCCUAGAUGGCGGCGGGCGUUUCGAGGACUGCUUCUCCUCCUACAACUCACGCGUCGAGUCGCUUCUGUCCUGGGCCCAGCAGGAAGGCAAGUCGACAGGCAUUGUGACGAACACACGCGUGACGCAUGCGACUCCAGCAGCGUUGUUCGCGCACUCGCCGAGUCGCUACUGGGAGGACGACAGCAAGGUCCCCGCCAAUGCGCGCAAGUCCUGCAAGGACAUUGCCCGCCAGCUCAUUGAGGACGAGCCCGGAAAACACGUUAAUGUGCGUAGCUCAACUAAUGCUCAAUCUACCAAUAAACAUUCAAUAAUCCCAUAGAUCAUUUACUUCCACAGAAAUGAAAAUUCUCUACUAUUUUUGGCUUAGUUGGACAAAAUACUUUCAAUAGAAACACAAAGAUAUGGUAAAAUAUGAAUAAAUAAAAUGUUAUUGUCGGAAAGCAUUUACAGCAUAGACAACGUCAAUAUAUAGGAUAACAACAAUAAGUUCAAGUCAUACACUUCUACAAUAGUAUAUGUUCAUGUAAUAAUGGUAAAUAAUAACAGCAACAAUAAC